UUUAGGAAUCAUAGGGUUUAGGCUCGAGUAAGCCUGAGUGGGGAAAAUCACUAAAUACGUAAGAUAUUAAAUGGUGUGAUUAGCAUAUGAAGGAUGCGAAAUUUUCUUAAUCUGAUGAUCUUGAUGCUGGAAAAAUUGUGUAGGUUGAUAUGGCGCGAGGGCGUGGUCGGGGGCGUGCCAGGAGGCCGACCCGAUUUGCAGAUGGCUCCACGGCUUGGGCACCCUCUGGACAGCAGGAAGAUACCUCAUCCACGCCGACUCGGAGUGUGCCACAGCAGGAGCACACUAUGGACCCUACUGGUAGUACUCCAGAGAUGGGAGCUCCGGAGAUUGGGACAUCUGAAGGACCAAGUAUUCAGCUUGAGGAGACGAUAAGUGCUUCACAGUUGAUGCAAAUGAUGGUGCAACAGCAAGCUGCUGCCAGGGAAGAUAUAAUGAGGAUGGUAGAGGUGCAGCAACAGUUCUUGCAGCAACAGUUGCAGCAGCAGCAAGCUAUGUAUCAACAACAGCAGCAACAACAGUUCCAAGGCACUACAGCUCAGCCGGAGCACCGAGUCAGUCUGUUGGAUUUUCAGAGGUAUGCACCCCCAGCAUUUAAAGGUACAGCUGACCCGAUGGAGGCUGUGAGCUGGCUGAAACAGAUGGAGAAAGUCUUUCAAGCUCUGAGGUGCCCUGAUGAGGAGAAAGUUCUUUUUGCCACAUUUAUGUUACAGGGUGAGGCAGCUGACUGGUGGGAGAUGGAGAAAGGGAAGCUUGGUCCGGAUGAUGCCCCCUUCAUUUGGGAAGAAUUUAAAAAGGUUUUUCAUGAGAAGUAUUUUCCCCAGGGUAUCCGAUUUCAAAAAUAUAGGGAGUUUGACCGACUGGAGCAGGGUGAUAUGACAGUUGCUCAGUAUGCAGCAAAGUUUGAAGAGAUGUCCCGAUAUGCUCCGACUUUGAUAUCAGAGGAAAGUGAUCGAGCAAGGAAAUUUGAAAAUGGGCUCAGGGGAAGGAUUCAACAACAAGUCGCUGCUUUUGAACUAUCUAGUUACAAAGAUGUGGUCAACAAAGCCCUAGUGAUAGAAAAAGGGCUUGACAAUGCCCAGGCUGCUAGAGAAAAGAAUAUGAAGAAAAGGUUUCGAUCUACUGAUUCUCCGAGCCAAAAUAGUAGACCUUUCAAGUCGAAGGAUCAGAGACCGAACCAAGUUGUCACCAGAGAUAAAGGACAAGCUCGAAGUGCUAUUAGAUGCUACCGCUGUGGAGGACCUCAUCUUAAGCGAGACUGCACUUGGAUUGGAGGGCCAUGUUUUUCUUGUGGUCAAGAAGGGCAUAAGGCUGUUGUUUGUCCUAGUGGGAAGGAACAGCAGAGGCGACAGGCACCUCAGUCUUCUCAGAGAGCCCCUGGAAAUCGAGCACCUCAGGAGGGACAACAACAAGAGGGAGGGCAGCAGAGGCCUAGGACCCAGGGUCGGAUUUAUGCACUCACAGAGCAAGAUGCCAAGGCUUCUAAUUCAGUGGUGACAGGUGCCUUGUGA